AAUGGAAGGAAUGAGCUCUUCCGGGUCAUCCUCAGAUUCAGAUUGCUUGUGUUGUUGAGGCUCGAGUUUGCUGUUUUCUCGCUCUUGUGUCUCUUCGGUUCAUGUCACAGUGAUGUAGAUGAAGGGAAUAUUUGAGGCUCUCCAUGUCAUGCUCUCCCGGCCUCCGUCCCGCGGGAUUCGGCGUGAAGACUGAGGCGUGAACGUCUGAGAGGAGGAUGUGGCAGAGUGUUGGUUUGACCGUGUUGGUGAUCGUGGCCACGCUGAUAUGUGGCCUCCUCUUCAUGCUCUUCGGCUGGUAUGUGGUGUGGCAGCUCUUCCUGUCUAAGUUUAAGUUCCUGCGGGAGUUGGUGGGAGACACUGGUUCCCCGCAGGCUGAAACCGAGCCCUCUGAGUCUGAGGGGGAACGCAGCUCGCCCUCGACACCCCGCCACCGACCCAAAACCGCUCGCCAAAGGAUGGUCCCUCCUGACAGCACUACAUAGAGUCCUGAAGCAGAUCUCCUCCAGCUCAGCUCAUAACUGUUAUGCUGUUUUAGGCUGGACGUGAGGUUAUUUCUGCAUCACUCUCUGUGCUCUCCCUUACGUCUGCUCAAUCAUCAUGGCUACACUUGUUCACGGCGGGUCUGAAGUCACGGUUUCUUGUAUGAACCAGCUCAGCCACACAUUCAUGUCCUGACUAACACGCUGCGUGGAUGUAUCAUAUAUUUAUGCGAGAGCAUAUCGAUAUGUAUUUGUUAUCAUUUAACCAAGCUCACUAAAAACAGGCCGAUGAGCAAACUUCCAGUGUUUCUGUGAGCUAACCGCACUACUAUACACACUGACUCUGACAUCGAUGGAAGCCUGUUUCUGCCACCGAAAUAAAAAAAAGUUAAUUAUGAUUUUUUUAUCUCACAAUUCGGACUUUGUUUCUCACGAUUCUGAUGGGAAAAACAGAAUUGAGUUUACAUCUCACAAUAUCUAGUAUAAUUCGUUUUUUUAUUUAGUUUCCAUGGUGGAAACACAAUAAUACAAAUAAAAAAAAAUAAAAAAGCUAAUUAUAACUGAGUUAUUAAUUAAAAGGUAAUUGUGAAAAUAACUUUUUCUUUGUAAUUCUGAAUUUGUAUCUUAUAAUUCUAACUUUUAUCCUCACAAUUCUGACUUUUCUUCUUAGAAUUUUGAGUUUAUCUUGCAAUUCUGAGUUUAUAUUUCAGUUUUUUACGUAAUUCUGAAUUUUCUUCUCUGAAUUGUGAAUUUAUAUCUCAAAAUCCUACAGUUGUGUAUCAAAAUUGCAAUUACCUUUUUUUUUAUUCUGUGUCGGAGACGAAAACCAAUUGUAAAUUCACAAUUGUGAGAAGAAAAAAAGUUUAUGUAUCAUAGUUUUUUUCUUCUCAGAAUUGUAAGUUUAUAUUUUGCAAUUCUAAUUGUAAAUUUGUAAGAAUUUUUUUUCUGUGAUUGAAAUGGGCUUCCAUACAUAUUUGUCUAACAAGUGCAAUGAAAGCUUCUUUAUUUGUCAUGAAGUAAACAAACGUUUGACAGGACUGCACACACCGUAACAGUGUCAAGAAUCUGCACAUUAGGAUGAUGUCAAAAUUCCUUCGCCACCAACACAGAACAGAGUUUUAUGAUGGUCGCCUCUGCUCUUCAUCCUUGUGCUCCGGCUUGGGUUAAAGCCGUCCUGUCUGAGCAGAUGGAUCUCAGAUACGCCUGCUGUUCCCAUUAGAGCUAGAAAAGCUGCACUGACCUCAGGUCAGCCUGACCCUGCCUGUGUGUAAAAACUGUGUCCAGAGGUCAGCUUCUGAGGAAAUGCCGUUAUCACCAAUGUAAAUGGUCACAUGUUUAGUUACAUGUUCUUUUUUUUUGGCCCCUUUUAUGACAGUAGAUGUUUCCCCUUCAAUAAAUGUAUUUCAUAAAACA